ACAAACGUCCCAAUCAUUAGCUUCCAAAAUUCGAAAACUCGUCACGUCAAAGAUCUUCUUUUGAUUUGCACUGAUUUGAGUGAUUUCCCGCUCUCUCUUUCUCUCUCUCUCUGGGUUUAGGGUCUCGAAUCGAAGAUGAAGCCAAAUCGCAAGUUCAAGAAACCAGACAGUUCUUCCAAGCUGGUAUUGGAACAAGUAGUUGGGUUGACAGUGAAGAAUGCAAAUGGAUUGGCAUCAAGCGCUUCCAGUUCAACCUGUGCUUAUGUGGCGGGAUGUGUUGUGGUGCUUUACAAUGUUGAAUCGGGUAAGCAGUCACUCCUCAAGGCGUCCAAUAGGAGACCAAAGCCCUUGAGCUGUGUUGCCAUGUCAGAGGAUGGGAAUUUCGUUGCGGCUGGAGAGUCAGGGCAUCAGCCUGCAGUGAUAGUGUGGAACUCCAUGAACUUUGCUUUUCUAUCUGAACUGAAAAGCCAUCAACAUGGCGUGGAGUGCACUGCUUUCUCACCUGAUGGGAAACAUCUUGUUUCUGUCGGAUUUCCUCAUGAUGGAUACAUUUGCCUCUGGAAUUGGCGAAAUGAGGUGUUAGUUACAAAACUUAAAGCAUGCCCAUCUUGUUCUUCUGUUGAAUCAGUCAGCUUCACAUCAGAUGCAAGAUUCAUUGUCACUGCUGGCAAGAAACACCUGAAGUUCUGGACGGUUGGAUCAUCUGCAAGACCUCGAGCAAAUACUGGGGCUAAAUCUUUGGCAAUGCAGGGGAAGCCCAUUAAUCUUGGUCACCCCAAAGGAUGUUCAAUCAUAGAUGUUACAUCUCCCAUCUUGACUAACAACAUCAUCGUCAAUCAUGGACAGGCUGUUGAAAAUUUUCCUAUUUAUGCAUUGACCAAUGCAGGUGUUCUAUGCCUUCUAAAUUCUAGGUUAUCAGCAAGAACCUCAGUGGACCUGAAGGUUAAGAAAGCUUUUGCACUAUCUGUAUCCAACAAGUUGAUUGCUUGUGCAUGCAACAACGGACUUGUAAAACUGUUUACCACUGAGUCCCUUGAAUAUUGUGGAAGCUUACAAUACACUGAAGCAGAAAGACACAAGAAGUCAGAUGAUAUGGACUGCCAUGGAAAAGUCAGCAAAAAAGAAUCUUCAGUUGCCUCUCUUCCUCAUGCAAUUGCUUGUCAAUUUUCAACUUCAGAAAAACUUGUGGUUGUCUAUGGGGAUCACAGUCUUUAUCUAUGGGACGUCCAUGAUGUAGGCAAGGCUACCAGUUGUUGUUUGCUUGUUUCACAUGGUGCAUGCAUAUGGGACAUCAAGAAUCUCCCGUGUCAAAACAUGCAUGAUCCAUAUCUAGCAUGUAUUGCCAGAGGUUGUUCUGGUGGUGCUUCUUUUGCAACAUGCUCAGCAGAUGGAACAAUAAGGUUAUGGGAUCUUGCAAUAGACCCAGUUUCAUCCUUGGAUGACCUGACUCUUGCUAAAAACCAGAACAAUUUAAAGACGGAGCUGGUGAAAACUUCAUGUGUAGUAAAUGCUGGGAUUUUAUCUCAAGAAGUUGUGCUAGGAACUAGCACUCCGGGGCUUCGGUCCAUGGCAGUCAGUUCGGAUGGGAAGCACCUGGCUGCUGGUGAUUGCCAGGGAAACCUCCAUAUCUACAACCUAUACACAUCUGAUUAUAUAUGUUUUCGGGAUACUCAUGAUGCAGAAAUUCUGUCCUUAAGCUUUAGCCUGUCAGACAAGAAGGAUGUUUUUUCUGAAAAAAAAUUAAGAAGCAAUCACUUUCUUGCUUCGGGGGGUCGGGAUCAAAUGAUACAUCUUUAUGAUGUUGAAAGCAAUUUCGAUGUCAUUGGAAGUGUUGAUGAUCAUUCAGCCGCUGUCACUUCUGUAAAACUCACCAGUGAUGGCUGUAAGAUUUUAAGUUGUAGUACUGAUAGGUCUCUGAUGAUUCAUGAUGUUGCUGUAACAAAUACUGGUUGUAAGAUUAGUCGUCAUAAUAAUCAAAUGUCAUGUUUUGGGACUGUAUAUGACAUGGCUGUAGAUCCUACUGUUGAAGUUGCUGUUACAGUCGGGCAGGGUAAGAAGAUAAAUACAUUCAGCAUUGCUACUGGGAAACUUAUUAGAUCAUUUAAGAAAGAUGGAGAUUUCAGAGACCUGCUAAAGGUAAUUGUGGACCCAACCUGCAGUUUUCUGGUUUGCACUUACUCUGACAGGUCCAUCUGCAUGCAUGACUUUUUUACUGGGGAUAUUGUUGCACGUGGGGUGGGGCAUGGAGAAGUUAUCACUGGCAUUAUUUUUUUGCCUGAUUGCAAGCACAUUGUUUCUGUUGCUGGUGAUUGUUGUAUUUUCAUUUGGAAAGUGCCUGCUUCAUUGUCUUCAAAGAUAUGGCAGAAAAUUAAGGGCAAUUCCAGGCAGCUGUUCCCAACCGCUUUAAACCAAACCAAAUUUCAUGGAUGCAAAAGUGAUCAUGAAGAUGUGACACUGCCAGAGAGCUCCACUCCAAUCAGUGAAAAACUUUUUUGUCAAGGAGGCAAUCUUCAAGAGACAUCAACAUUUAAGUUCAGCAUUUCCAGACUCCCCAAGUGGGCACAAGCCAGAGUAACUAGCCCCCAGAUCAUGCCUAAAGCUUUAAAAGGCACUUUGUCCCAGCAAGAAAUUGGAUGGGCAGUCUUCUCUACCUCGGUUGGUAGUCAUGCAAACCCUGAUAUUCAAACCCCAAAUAAACAUGAUUUGACAUGCAGCAAACCGUUUCUUGGUAGCAUGUCAAUAUAUUCAUCAGAUAUUGCUACUGGCGACAGAUCUGAAAUGUCUCAAGAAGCCCAUAGGAGGAGCUUCGCAUUGGACAGGCGUUGGCUCAAAAUUCAUACUGUGUGUUUGGAUUUACUAAAUUCCCCAGGGGUUUGUGAUAUGGACAUGAAGGUGCUGGUGUCUGGUCCAAGUUGUUGUCUAUCAAAAGACCCAGCUUUGGAGAUGACUGGUGAUUCUGCAGUACCUGAUCUCUCAUCUAGGGACAGCACUAUGCUGAAUCCUUCAAGCUCUUCAUGCCAUAACAAUUAUCAAUUCGAGAUAAAGGCAUGCCAGGGUUUAGCUGUUCCAGAACUGUGUCAGUUCGAAACAUCUGAAAGGAGGGUACAAGUAAUGAUGGAUGCCAAUGCUCCCUAUUUUAAUUCUGAAGACAAGGAUAUGUUGAAACAAAACUUGUGUGAUAUUUCAGCAAGGUUGAAGACAGCAGAAAGGAAAUCAUCAGGAAGGAAAAGCUACCCCGGACAAUUUUUCCUGCAGCAGGACCUUGUUAGUGGCCAAAUUGAUACACCAAACCAGGACUCUGGUGUAGGUAUUGAACAGGGGAAACAAACUGCGUACCUUGUGAUGUCAGAGGACCAAACAGUGCUGGUGCCAGAAGAAUCACAAGGGUCAGAGACUUGUGAGCAGGACUUGAACUUGAUGCCAGAGUUGCUGAGCUCAGGAAACAUUAUUUCAAGAAACAAUUCGGCUCCUUGCUCUGCCAUCAAUAAUUCAGGAAACCUGGAAUCAGUAAACAUCAGAUAUCAGCAUAAAUCAAAGAUUGAGGGGUGUGAGAAGCAGAACAUGAUCAUCGCCUGCAAAAAAUCUCUACUCAGUUUGCAGACUGCAUCCGAGGAUGCAUUCCAUUUAUUUUCAAAGUUAGGAACUCUGGCCAAUAGAGAGGAGGUUUCAAGAGGAUGUGAGGCUCAGUUAUACCGUGAGGCAACUGAGAUGCUUCCAUCAAUAACAAAGAAAGUUCAUGAAGUUGCUAAACUGGUAGGACGCCACAGACAGCCAAUCUCCAUGCGGCAAGAUUUGAGCCUGUUAGGAACAUUUUCUGAGUCUUUCACAAAGGAUUGUUGAAAUACUGAAGGAAAAUUGCAGAAUUGUCCCACUUGAUUAGGAUGUCACUGUUCUUAGUAAAAGUGUACGGUAUCUGGAAAUAACAGUGCUUACUUGAUUGGACAGUAAAUGUAUUUCUUAUUAUAGAUCAAAUAACAAAUCCAUUUCU